CGCAACCUAGUAUAGCUGCGCCUGCCCGCAGCGUGAUUAUGCCACGUUUGCUUCGUCGCCGGUUGCGGUGCUUUUACUGCAACAAUGUUGCUCGAAAUGAGCAACCGGGCAUUCCCCGCGCGUGGACGUGCCCGCGGUGUGAAGCCGUGAAUUACCUCGAUCAGAACGGCCAAAUCACCGACCCUCCUGCUGAUGCAACCACAACCCCACAACCAGUGCGAGUUCAAUACGUCCCUGAACGACCCCCUCCGCUCGUCAUGACGGCGUCAACCCAAUCCCCCUUCUGCGAUCAGUGCCAGGUUAACCAGACGAUCGUGAACAAGGCCAUGGCUGAAUAUAUUCCCGAUGAGGAUGAUCCAGAGUACGAGCAACAUGUUGCAACCGCAACCGCCUAUCGCGAAGAGCUGGAAACCCGUUAUCCUCCAGUGUGCGAGAACUGCAUCGGACGGGUCCGCGACCAGGUUCGAGCGGCCGGCUACGCUGCGAGAACAGACCACCUCCGGCGCAUACUGGAAAACUCCAAGAAGCGGAAGCUUGUCUAUUAUACCCCAAGACAGGUCUGGACUCUACGGACGAUCUCACUGGCGAAGUGGGCGUACAUUUCCGCUACUUGUGUGGGACUGCUGUGGCAUGCCUGUGGCCUACUUGCCGUGCCGGAACCUUUAUCUCUUACACAGGACCAAAGCGACUUGGGCGUAUGUCUUGGAGACUUUAGGAAUCGUCUGCUGGUCAGUCGAUCAUGUUUUGAAGCGGCAUUGUCCACGUCACUUCUGCAGUGGGCAGUGGUGGCCGACUUUCUCACGCUGUGGUGGAACCCGAAGCUGGAGCAGAAAACAAUGCGUCCAGGUGGUCGGGUGGGCGGCCUGAUGGCAUUAUGGCUGCUGCGUCUUCUGGUCUUUGGGCUGCGGUCAGCAAGCCUUGUGUAUGGGCGCUACAUUCCGGAAGACGAUGACGCAGUCCAACAAUUCCGGAUCGCUCAUGGCACAAUGUUGGGCGCGAUAUUGCUCACCCUUGCUGCCACAUGGACCCUCGUCAAGAUCGAAUAUCGAUCCACAGAUUCCUUCAUGCGCCCCUUAGAACCCUACCUUCCCAGCGUUCCCUCUCGGCCCACCUCCCAACCAGAUGGCGAUUAUAAGCCCGUCCGGCCCAAAGCCGACAUCUUCGACUCCAUGGCCGAAUCAUUUACAUCCUCCUUUGACGGCGGAUGGCAGCCUGAUGCACACUCUGAAGCACCACCCUCCCCUACUCUCACCGCAACCUCCUCCUCCAUCGACACCGAAGUCAACACCCCCUUCGCUCCCAAAACUCUGUCCCGCGCCGUCGUCGACGAAAACGACAUGGAUUGGACGCCUACACAACGCCGGUUCGGCAAACAACCCAUCGGGGUGGAGCCACAUGUUUGGCAGAAACAAUCCGCGCCCUCCCCUGCACCGCCGCCGAAGAAACAGUACUCCCUCAUCAAGCAGCAAGACCCCAAUCCCUUUCGCCACAAGGUGCCCGCCUUCCCCAAGGGCCCUCUCCAGGAGAAGCGGAAUCCGUGGAAACCGGGCAUCUGGUCGCCAGCGUCUCAGGAAACCAAGAACGCUUUCAGAGACGAUAUGAUGAAGAAGGGUGCUGGUGGGGAUGUCGAGGGGAGCGGGAAUGUGAAUGGAUUGGCGGAGGAGGAGAGAAGGGAGAGGGAGAGAUUGAGGGAGAGCGCGGUUCCUAGUGGGGUGAGGAAGGGAGAGGAACUAUUCAAGCAGCCGAAGUUCAAGUAUGAUUAUUAUGGGUAUAUUGGGGAGAAGAGUACGGGGUUGGAAGAUAGGUUUAAUGGUUUAUUUCGGAUGUAGAAGGGGAGGAUGAGAGCAACAGCAAUGGUUGUGGGAGAAGUGGGUAAAGUGGAUGUCCAGCAGGACGUCAUCUUGGAAAUGUGUUUUGGGAUGCAUGGCACGAUUAUUGCAUAUUUAGCAUGGAGUUGGGCGAUGGUAUACCCUGUUUUGGUCGGACUCCUGGCUGCUUCUGGAUUUCCUGUCUCCAACGAAUACUCCCGUCUGAAGCAAACGGACAGUAUGAUGAUGAGCAACGCCUCCUCGGGACUAGUGAACUUCUGGAUGGUAACAGU